AAUGGCUGCUCGGAGUAACUCCCCAAAGCUCAGAGAAAACUGAAAAAAAGAAGUCUACAUUAAUAACAAGAGGUCACAUCUGGACCUUUUUUAACAGGCAGAGCGACAACUCGGGGAAGCCUCGACACUGAGAAUGUCUCGCUGGGUGCCCACUAAAAAGGAAAAGUAUGGAGUUGCAAUCUAUAACUACGAUGCCCGGGGAGAGGAGGAGCUGUCACUGCAGAUCGGAGACACAGUGCACAUACUUGAGACAUAUGAAGACUGGUACAGAGGCUAUAGGCUGAGGAGAAAAUCCAAAAAGGGCAUAUUUCCCGCUUGCUAUAUACACCUGAAAGAGGCCACGGUCGAGGGCAGCGGGCAAAAGGAGACAGUCAUUCCCACUGAGCUGCCCUUGGUUCAAGAGGUUACCACAACACUGCGGGAGUGGGCUACAAUAUGGAGGGACUUAUAUGUGGGAGACAAGCGUGAGAUGUUCAACUGUGUCCGUGACAUGAUCUACGACCUCAUCGAAUGGCGUUCACAGAUUCUGUCCGGCACCCUUCCACAGGACGAGCUGAGUGAGCUCAAACAGAAAGUCACCUCCAAGAUAGACUAUGGCAACAAGUACCUGGAUCUUGAUCUGGUGGUCAGAGACAAAGAUGGAAACAUACUGGACCCAGAGCUCACCAGCACCAUCAGCCUGUUCAGGGCACACGAGGCAGCUUCCAAACAAAUUGAGGACCGGAUCCAAGAGGAGAAGUCUCAGAAGCAGAAUAUUGAUCUGACGAGGCAAGCAAAGUUCGCUUCCACGCCAGCUUUCGCCCUCUUUGUGACUCUGAAGAAUGUGGUGUGUAAGAUUGGCGAAGAUGCAGAGGUGCUCAUGUCGCUUUACGACCCAGUGGAGUCCAAGUUCAUCAGUGAAAACUACUUGGUAAAAUGGUCAAGCUGUGGCCUAGUAAAAGACAUCGACCAGCUUCAUAAUCUGCGGGCAGUCUUCACAGACUUGGGUAGCGAAGAUCUGAAGAGAGAAAAGAUCAGCUUUGUGUGUCAGAUUGUAAGAGUUGGACGGAUGGAGCUACGAGACAACAACACCAAGAAGCUGACUUCAGGUCUGAGAAGACCUUUUGGAGUGGCAGUAAUGGAUGUCACUGACAUCAUAACAGGCAAAAUGGACGACGAGGAUAAGCAGCACUUUAUCCCAUUUCAGCCGCUAGCGUUGGAUGACGCCAUUCGCCACAAGCAGCUGAACAUCUCCCGUUUUUCACCCAGGGUGGCAGGGGAGAAUGACUUCCUCCAGACAGUCAUCAACAAAGUUAUCACCGCCAAAGAGGUCAAUCACAAGGGCCAAGGCCUGUGGGUCACUCUGAAGCUGCUUCCUGGAGACAUCCAUCAGAUAAGAAAGGAUUUCCCUCACCUUGUGGACCGAUCGACAGCCGUGGCUCGCAAGAUGGGCUUUCCUGAGAUAAUUAUGCCAGGGGAUGUGCGAAACGACAUCUACGUGACUCUGGUUCAGGGGGAUUUUGACAAAGGGAGUAAGACAACCCCCAAAAACGUUGAGGUGACCAUGUCUGUUUAUGAUGAGGACGGCAAGAAGCUCGAGAAUGUGAUCUUUCCAGGAGCUGGAGAUGAAGGGAUCAAUGAGUACAAGUCUGUUAUCUACUACCAAGUAAAGCAGCCCCGCUGGUUUGAAACGAUAAAGGUUGCUAUUCCCAUUGAAGACGUGAACCGGAGCCACUUGCGGUUCACUUUUCGUCACCGAUCAUCACAGGACUCCAAAGAUAAAUCGGAGAAGAUAUUUGCCUUGUCUUUUGUGAAGCUGAUGAGGUAUGACGGGACCACUCUGAGGGACGGUGAGCAUGAUCUCAUCGUGUACAAGGCAGAGGCAAAGAAGCUAGAGGACUCUUCUCUGUACCUAAACCUACCUUCCACAAAGCUGGAGAUGGAAGAGAAAGGCUACUCCACCACUGGAAAAAAUACCCAGACCCUGGGCAUCUGUACCAUCAGCAAGGAUUCCUUUCAGAUUUCCACCCUGGUCUGCUCUACCAAACUUACCCAAAAUGUGGACCUACUUGGCCUGCUGAAGUGGCGCUCCAACACCAGCCUUCUGCAGCAGAAUCUACGUCAGCUAAUGAAGGUGGAGGGUGGCGAGGUUGUGAAGUUUCUGCAAGACACUCUGGAUGCUCUCUUCAACAUCAUGAUGGAAAACUCUGACAGUGACACUUUUGAUACUCUGGUGUUUGAUGCCUUGGUGUUCAUUAUUGGGCUUAUAGCCGACAGAAAGUUCCAGCACUUUAAUCCGGUUCUGGAGACCUACAUUCGAAAGCAUUUCAGUGCUACACUGGCAUACACGAAGCUGACAAAAGUUCUGAAAAACUAUGUGGACAAUGCAGAUAAGCUGACAGAACAGCUGCUGAAGGCCAUGAAAGCUCUGGAAUACAUCUUCAAGUUCAUCGUCCGAUCCAGAGUCCUCUUUAACCAGCUCUAUGAGAACAAAGGAGAGGCUGACUUCAUGGAGUCCUUGAGGAACCUUUUCACAUCCUUUAAUGACAUGAUGAACAGUAAUUCAGAGAACACUGGCAUGGUGAAGGGUGCUGCACUGAAAUACAUUCCCACUAUCGUCAAUGAUGUCAAGCUGGUCUUUGAUCCCAAGGAACUAAGCAAGCUGUUUACAGAGUUCAUCCUUAAAGUCCCUGUAGGUCGCCUGGUAAAACAGAAGCUGGACUGCCUGAUUGACAUCGUACACAGCGAUCUCUUCAAUCAUCACGAUUGCCGCGAGAUCCUGCUGCCACUGAUGACGGACCAGCUGAAGUUCCACCUGGAGAAGCGGGAGGAGUUGAAGGCUUGCUGCCAGCUGCUUAGUGACAUCCUGGAGGUGCUUUACAGAAAAGAUGUGGGUCCCACCCAGUGGCAUGUGCAAAUCAUCAUGGAGAAGCUGCUGAGGACCGUUAACAGGACAAUCAUUUCUAUGGGUCGCGAUUCACCUCAUAUCGGAAGCUUCGUGGCCAGCAUGACUGGCGUACUGAGGCAGAUGGACGACUAUCAUUAUGCUCAUCUGAUCAGCACCUUUGGCAAGAUAAGGAGUGAUGUGGUGGAUUUCCUAAUGGAAACAUUUAUCAUGUUCAAAGAUCUCAUUGGAAAAAAUGUCUACUCCUCGGACUGGAUCAUAAUGAACAUGAUGCAAAAUAAAGUGUUCCUACGGGCCAUCAGUCAGUAUGCAGCCGUGUUGAACAAGAAAUUUCUGGAUCAAACCAACUUCGAGCUACAGCUGUGGAACAACUACUUUCAUCUGGCUGUGGCCUUCCUUACCCAGGAGUCAUUGCAGCUAGAGAACUUUUCAAGUGACAAAAGAGCUAAGAUCUUCCACAGGUACCAGGACAUGAGAAGACAGAUUGGCUUUGAAAUCAGGGAUAUGUGGUACAAUCUAGGGCCCCACAAGAUAAAAUUCAUUCCGGAGAUGGUGGGUCCUAUCCUGGAGAUGACACUAGUUCCUGAGAUCGAGCUGCGAAAGGCCACCAUCCCCAUCUUCUUUGACAUGAUGCAGUGCGAGUUCCACUUCACAAUGCAUUUCCAACGGUUUGAGAACGAGAUCAUCACCAAGCUGGAUCACGAGGUGGAAGGGGGCCGCGGAGACGAGCAGUACAAAGUUCUCUUUCAGAAAAUCUUACUGGAGCACUGCAGGAAGCACAAGUACUUGGCCAGGACGGGUGAGAAUUUCGUCACUCUGGUGGUGCGUCUGCUGGAGAGGCUGCUGGACUACAGGACCAUCAUGCAUGACGAGAACAAGGAGAACCGCAUGAGCUGCACUGUCAAUGUGCUUAACUUUUACAAGGAAAUAGACAGAGAGGAAAUGUACAUCAGGUACCUUUACAAGCUGUGUGACCUCCAUAAAGAGUGCGACAACUACACUGAGGCUGCUUAUACUCUGCUUCUGCACGCAAAACUGCUUAAGUGGUCAGAUGAGGCAUGUGCAGCCCACCUGACACAGAGAGACGGCUACCAGGCCACCACUCAAGGACAGCUUAAGGACCAUCUCUACCAGGAGAUUAUUAAUUAUUUCGACAAGGGCAAGAUGUGGGAGGAGGCAAUCAUUUUGGGAAAGGAACUGGCUGAGCAGUACGAGAAUGAAAUGUUUGACUUUGAACAACUCAGUGCAUCCUUGCGGAAACAGGCGCAGUUCUAUGAGAAUAUAGUGAAGGUCAUCCGGCCCAAACCAGACUACUUUGCUGUAGGCUAUUAUGGCACCGGGUUCCCCUCCUUCCUACGUAACAAAAUGUUCAUUUACCGCGGGAAGGAGUAUGAGCGGCGAGAAGACUUCGAGGCACGUCUCCUGACACAGUUUCCCAAUGCAGAGAAGAUGAAGACAACGACACCACCCAGCGAAGACACAAAGUCUUCCUCUGGACAGUACAUCCAGUGUUUUACCGUGAAGCCCAUUCUCGACCUGCCUGCCAAGUUUCAAAACAAGUCUGUCUCUGAGCAAAUACUCAGCUUCUACACGGUAAAUGAAGUCCAUAAAUUCCAGUAUUCCAGGCCGGUGAGGAAGGGAGAGAAGGAUCCUGACAAUGAGUUUGCGAACAUGUGGAUUGAGAGAACCACAUACUCUACAGCGUACAAACUUCCUGGCAUCCUGCGCUGGUUUGAAGUCAAGUCAGUCUCCACUGAGGAGAUCAGUCCAUUGGAAAAUGCUAUUGAAACAAUGCAGCAGACCAAUGAGAAGAUCAGCAGCAUGGUACAGAGGCAUCUCAAUGAUCCCAACCUUCCCAUCAACCCGCUCUCCAUGCUGUUGAAUGGGAUUGUGGACCCAGCUGUCAUGGGAGGUUUUACCAACUACGAGAAGGCCUUUUUCAAUGACAAGUACAUCCAGGAGCAUCCAGAGGACCUUGAAAAGAUAGAGAAACUAAAGGACCUCAUCGCCUGGCAGAUUCCGCAUCUCGCUGAAGGUGUUCGGAUCCAUGGAGAGAAGGUCACAGAGGCACUGAGGCCUUUUCAUGACCGCAUGGAGGCGUGCUUUAAGCAACUGCGGGAGAAGGUGGAGAAACAGUAUGGGGUAAAGUCUCUGCCUCCAGCAGAUGAACGGCGGGGACCUCGUCCUGCCUCCAUGGUGAGGUCCUUCACCAUGCCCUCCUCCCAAAGGCCACUGUCAGUAGCUUCAGUCACCUCCAUCUCCUCUGACAACUCACCCUCCAGGCCCGGCUCAGAUGGUUUUGCGCUGGAGCCUCUUCUACCAAAGAAGCUGCACACCAAGUCUCAGGACAAACUAGACCGUGAUGAACCCGAGAAGGACCGCAAAGAGAAGAAGAAGGAGAAGAGGAACAGUAAGCACCAGGAGGUCUUUGACAAAGAGAUGAAAACAGCGGACAUCCCUCUGCAGCCAGCUGAAGCUGUCAUACUGUCAGAGACGAUAAGCCCUCUGCGGCCCCAGAGACCAAGAAGCCAAGUCCUUAAUCAAAUUGUUGGAGACCGCCGUCUUUCUGUGUCACCUGGACCCCCUACUUCUUCCUCCAGCUCCUCCUCACAGUGCCCCCCACCCAUUACACCAAGGAGCAAAGUUUCCUACAACCUGCAUGCCGUUUCCAGUCUGGAGCUGAACGGGAUGGGUUGCUCUGAUAAAGGUGAAACCCCUCCUCCGCUGCCUUUGAAAAGCAACACAGCUGAUUACGGCAACCUGCUAGAUAAUCAAGACUUGACGAGUCCCACGACACCUCCACCACCCCCUCCACAUCAAAGACAAUUUCCGCCACCUCUUCCGAGCAAGACUCCUCCUCCACCUCCUCCCAAGACCACCAGGAAACAGGCCUCCAUCGAUUCAGGAAUUGUGCAGUAAACAAAGAAACUUGACAGUAGGACCAAACAACACACUGACAACGCAACAAAAACAACAUCAACAGUAACCCCAGAAAAGUGGUUGUUUUUACCCACACAUUCCUCGCUUCCCUGUCCCAGCUUGACAAGAUGAAUACCUCACCGCAGCCCGCCCCCUCGUACCAUCUUUUCUUUUCCUUUCUUUUUUUAUGUUAUGUUUUUUUUGCCUGCUGUUUGACGAUGAUGCAGUCUGCAGCAGGGAGCAUGUUGCACAGAAGUAUUCACUGAAUUUGCAGAUGCUGUCUAUGACCGAUACAAUGCCGCAUCGAAAUUUUAUUGUGACAUUGUGCUCAGACAGACGAGCUUGGACCAAUGGCUUUCCAGUACUGACCCACUCUCAAAUAUAUGAGAGCAAAUGGCUCAUUAAAGCAUUAUUCCUCUCUUUACUCAUAUUCCCACUAUGUACAGAGGUUUGUAUAUAGGACUAUUUUAUUUCAGGUUUUUUUGUAUGUGACUUGAUUAUGAUUUUUUGUAUUAACGUGUCAUUAGAUUAAGUGGCAUUUAUAUGAACAAAAAAGGGCUUGUAGGUUUUGAAUUGACAGGGACUUUACAAAGUUGGUAUGUGGAAAAAAAAGAUGGAUUUUAUUGGUAAAAUUUUGGAGUGCACAUACAACUAACUCCUACCACGUUAUCAUUGUUCAGAUCUUGUCCUUGAUUGCUGUAACCUUGGAUUUCAGUAAUAAUGACUGUUCCCAAUUCACUACUGACAUGACUUCUGAAUAAACUUU